AUGUCGUCUGAAGUUCUUACGCAUCCGAGCAUUAUCGACGGCUGGUUCCAUGAGCGCAGCCGUCAGUGGCCAGGCCAGGCCAUGAGCCUGAAGGUGCGCCGCGUGCUGCACGUGGAGCAGAGCCAGUACCAGGAUGUGCUGGUGUUUGAGUCGGAGACCUACGGCAAUGUGCUGGUGCUGGACGGUGCGAUCCAGUGCACGGAGCGUGACGAGUUUUCGUACCAGGAGAUGAUUGCGCACCUCCCGAUCAACUCGCACCCGAACCCCCGCCGCGUGUUGGUCAUUGGCGGUGGCGACGGUGGUGUGCUGCGUGAGAUUGUGAAGCACGAGUGUGUUGAGGAGGCCGUGCUGUGUGACAUUGACGAGGCUGUGCCGCGUGUCUCGCGCACGUACCUGCCGAAGAUGGCCGAGGGUCUUGACCACCCGAAGGCCAAGGUGAUCAUUGGCGACGGCUUUGCGUUCCUCAAGGACCCGAAGAACCAGGGCGCGUUCGAUGUGAUCAUCACCGAUUCGUCGGACCCAGAUGGCCCUGCCGAGGUGCUUUUCCAGAAGUCGUACUUUGAGCUGCUCAAGGGCGCGCUGCGUCCGGGCGGCCACAUCUCGACGCAGGCCGAGAGCAUGUGGGUGCACUUGAAGCUCAUUCGCGAGCUCACGCAGUCCACGCGUGCGCUCUUCCCAGUCGCGGACUAUGCGUACACACUCAUCCCGACGUACCCAUGCGGUCAGAUCGGCUUUGUGAUCUGCUCGCUCGACCCGCAGCGCGACGUGCGUGUGCCGCAGCGCGUCGUCCCGAACUGCCGCUACUACAACAACGACAUCCACCGCGCGUCGUUCGUCAUGCCGGAGUUUGCGCACCGCGUCGUAAUCGGCGGCGAGCCUGCGCCUGGUCCCGUAAUUGCUACGGGCACAGGCGAGGCCCAGUCGACACCGCGCGCUCCGAAGAAGGUGCUUGUCCUGGGCUCGGGCUACGUCGCUGGCCCGGCCAUUGAGUACCUGCUGCGCUACCCUGAGUACGAAGUGACUAUUGGCUCGUCGCGCAACGCUGCCAAGCUCGGCGAGCAGUUCCCGCGCGCGCGUACGAUGCAGGUCGACGUGAAGAACGCACAGUCGCUGGGCGACGCCAUUGCGCAGCACGACCUGGUCAUCUCGCUCAUUCCGUACAUCUACCAUGCGGAUGUGAUCAAGGCGGCGUGCCAGCACAAGGUCGACGUCGUCACGACGUCGUACGUCUCGGACGCCAUUCGCGCGCUCGAGCCGGAGAUCAAGGCGGCAGGCAUCACAGUCAUGAACGAGAUCGGUCUCGACCCAGGUAUUGAUCACCUGUACGCUGUGAAGGCCAUCAAGGAGAUCCACGAGGCAGGCGGCCAGGUCAAGUCGUUCCUGUCGUACUGCGGUGGUCUUCCUGCGCCGGAGGCAGCGACGAACCCGCUGGGCUACAAGUUCUCGUGGUCGUCGCGUGGUGUGCUGCUCGCGCUGCGCAACACGGCCAAGUUCAUCCGUGGCAACCAGGAGCACACCGUGAGCGGCCUGGAGCUGAUGGCGAACGCCAAGCCGUACUACAUCAUGCCGUCGUUCGCAUUUGUCGCGUACCCGAACCGUGACUCGACGCCGUUCCGGGAGUGGUAUGGCAUCCCAGAGGCGGAGGAGUGCAUUCGCGGUACGCUGCGCUACCAGGGCUUCCCGGAGUUUGUCUUGGCGCUCGUGCGUCUGGGCUUCCUGGACGAGACGGCGCAGGCAUGGCUUACGGCCUCGCCGCUUACGUGGGCGCAGCUCACGGCGCGUCUCGUGGGCGCGAGCGCCACCGACGAGGCCACACUCACGGCCGGCGUGUGUGCGCGCUGUGCGUUCAAGGACGAAGACGAGUCGGAGCGUGUGCUGCAGGGCAUGCGCUGGCUCGGUCUCUUCUCGGACGCCCCUGUGGAAGUGGGCGGCCUGCCGGAGCAGCGUGCGCAGGGCCAGGGCAACCUGCUGGACACGUUGUGUGUGAACCUGGAAGGCAAGUGUGCGUACGAGCCGGGUGAGCGCGACAUGGUGAUGCUGCAGCACCGCUUCGGUAUCGUGACCAAGGACGGCGAGAAGAAGACGCUGACGUCGACGCUGCUUGACUAUGGCGCGCCGAACGGCGUCACGUCGAUGGCCAAGCUGGUCGGUGUGCCGUGCGCGAUUGCUACGCGUCUCGUGCUCGAGGGCCACAAGGCGCUGAAGCAGCCGGGUAUCAUUGUCCCGUACACGUUCGACGUGGCGGAGCCGAUCCGCGUGGAGCUCGUGAAGGAGGGCAUUGCGCUGAAGGAGGCCUACGUCUAA